AUGGAUCACCUAAAGCAUGGGGAGAGCGAGACUACGAAAGCUCCUGUGACCGUUGUGCGAACCAAGUAUCGAACCUUGAGUCCCACCUUUACCGGUGAGGUUGGUGGAUAUACGACGGUUAAGAAGGACUCUAAGGAAACGACAACUACGCCUCGCGCCGUGACCACUACUCCCAAGGCCAAGGAGACCCCCAAGCCUACCGAGGACCCCGACGACAGCGACCCAACCACACAGACCGAGCCAACCAUUGCUACGGAUCGAGGUCUCUCAUCCUCGGCUGCUACCGGGACGCCACUCCCCAUCUCCACUCAGUCGACAUUGCCCGAUUCUUCGAGUGGAGGGAGCGGUGCCGGCGCCAAGGCUGGCAUCGCCAUUGGUGUGAUUGCUGGCAUCUUGGUCAUUGCUGGCCUCGUCUUCUUCCUCUUUAAGCGAAAGAAGAAGAACGCUGCACGACAAAGCCUUGAGGAUGACGAGAAACUCCACGGCGCCUUCAACUCGGGCAACUAUGCUCCCACAGCCGCGGCCGCGGCCGCGGUCAGUGCCGCUGCAGUAGCUUCGGGCCCCGCCACUGGCGGAAACUUGAACCAGGAGAAGCCCCUCGGCGGAUUCGCCGCGGCCCCCGUCCCCUUUAACCGUGGCCAGCCUCAGCCUCAGCACCACCAGUCUCGAUCUAAUGGUAGCGGCUGGGAGCGACCCAGCACCAGCCAGAGCCAGCAGAACCCCAACAACCCCUUCGGCACCCACGCCGAACUUUCGGGUUCCCAACCCCCGAGCCCUCAAAGCGGCGCCCCUAUCGCCGCGGCUGCGGCCGUUGCUGGCGGAGCUGCGGCUUACCAAGGGCUCAAACGCCAGGCAUCUCGAAACCACGGCCCCGCCGCGCUCGAUCUCACGAUUACGCCCCCGCCCCUUCUCCAGGCUGUCCCUCCCUCGCCCGCCGGUACCGAGUAUAGCGUUAGCUCGAUCACUCCUGGCCAGCAGGUUCCCAACUCGUCUGGUGCCGCUGUUAUCGCCGCAGCAGGCGGUCCUGCUGGAUCCACUGUUCACCGUGUUCAACUCGACUUCAAGCCCACCAUGGACGAUGAAUUGGACCUGAAGGCGGGCCAGCUUGUUCGACUGCUCCACGAAUAUGACGAUGGAUGGGCUCUUUGCAUUCGACUGGAUAGGUCACGCCAGGGCGUGGUUCCCCGGACUUGUCUCUCUACACGCCCGGUGAAGCCCCGCGCUCCUGGCGGCCCCAACGGACAGCAGCGUAUGGGGCCUCCUGUCAACCCCCAGCCUCAUCCUAUGCAUGCUCAGAAAGUUGGCCCGGCUCCUCUCCAAGUUCGACCUGAGUCGCCUGCUCGUUCCGGAACUCCUAGCGGCCCUAACUACUACCCCCAGCAACAGCAGCAGCAGCAGCAACAGCAGUCUUCGUCGCCCCGUUACCAGCCUAUGCCACCCCCUCAGCGAUCCGGCACCCCCAAUAGCAUGAAUGGACGCUCCAGCCCCGCACUCCCGCGAACAAUGAGCCCCGCUCCUGGCCCCCUUUCGGCCCCGAUCCCCGCGCCCAUGGCUACUCACGUCCCUGCCCCGAUUACCGUCGCAUCUAUCCCGCCUGUGCUUACCCAGGGACCCGUUUCUGCAUCGUCGCCUGUUGUAAUGCCCGGACCUAUGGCUCCGGCGGCACCCCUCGCGGCUGUUGUGGAGGUUCCUUCUCCCGCGGCCAGCCCUUCGCUGCCGCCUGUGCUCGCACCAAUCCCUCUGUCCGCUCCUCUCGCAGGGCCAGAGGCUUCGGCUGAAGCACCUCAGCCUGUGACCUCGCCUAGUCCCUCUGUGGGUUCGACUGCCUCCCCUGCCUCCCCCGCGUCCCCUGCGUCGUACCGCUCCGGGCCUCCUACUUCAGGCUCGAUCAGCCGCAAGCCCGUCCCCGGACAGGCCAUGUAA